GGGCAGGAGGAGCGGGAAUUCUGCCGCACCUACAGCCAGGGCACGCUCAGCGCCGAGGACAUCUGCAUCGACCUGGCCCGCAGCAUCGGCAUCACGCCGCUGUGCUACAGCCUCUUCGCCCUCUAUGACACCCAGAGCCGAGUGUGGCUCCCACCCAACCACCUCUUCCACAUCGGCAAAGACACCAACCUCAACCUGCUCUUCCGCAUGAGGUACUACUUCAGGAACUGGCACGGGCUGAACGAGAAGGAGCCGGGCGUCUGCCGCAACACCCCCCGCCAGGGCGAGUGUCCCCACCAGGGGCUGCAGGGGGGGGCUCUGCUCGACAGAGCCUCCUUCGAGUACCUGUUCGAGCAGGGGAAAUACGAGUUCAUCAACGAUGUGGCCUCUUUGAGAGACCUCCAGAGCGAGCAGGAGAUGCAGAGGUUCAAGAACGAGAGCCUGGGCAUGGCCGUGCUCCACCUCUCCCACAUCGCCAUCAGGAAAGGCAUCUCCCUGGAGGAAGUAGCCAGGAAAUACAGUUUCAAGGACUGCAUCCCACAUUCCUUCUGCCGCCAGAUCCAGCAGAACAACUUCCUGACCAAAUUCCGCAUGAGGAACGUCUUCAGGAGGUUCCUGCAGCGCUUCCAGAGGCACACGGUCAGCACCGGGAAGCUCACGGCUCAGGACAUCAUGUACAAGUACUUGGCCACCCUGGAGCACCUCGCUCCUCGCUUCGGGAGUGAGCUCUUCCCCGUGCUUUCCUUGGAUACCUCCUCCGAGGGGGAGAAGGUGCAGCUCAAUGGGACGCAUCCGGAGCACCCAUUGCUCCCUAAGGAGCAGCCGGUCACCCACGAGGUCCUCAUCACCGGCACAAGCGGGAUCCAGUGGCGGCCGGUGUCCACCGAGAACACGGAGCCCUUCUCCCAUCGGGGCUAUUUUGGGAGGAAGACCCGGAACAAGGAGCUGGAGCCCAAGGGAGCGGCUCCGGAGCAGAGCGAUCCGAAAUGGGCCCAUUUCUGUGACUUCCAGGAGAUCACCCACAUCGUGGUCAAGGAGAGCAGGGUCAGCAUCCACCGGCAGGACAACAAGUGCCUGGAUGUGGUUCUUCCAUGCCCUGGGAACGCGCUCUCCUUGGUCUCCCUGGUGGACGGCUACUUCCGCCUCACUGCUGACUCCAGCCACUACCUGUGUCACCAGGUGGCACCUCCACGGCUCCUCAUGAGCAUCCUCAACGGCAUCCACGGGCCCAUGCAGGAGGAGUUUGUCUUUGCCAAGCUGCGCCGGGAGGAGGAGGAAGGGCUCUACAUCAUCCGCUGGAGCGUCCUGGACUUCAACAGGAUGAUCUUGUCUGUGGUCAAACGGGGCCAGGAGCAGGGAAGCCUCAAGUACAGACAGUUCCGGAUCCAGAAGAAAGGCAAUUCCUUUGUUCUGGAAGGCUGGGACCGGGAGUUUCCCACCCUGCGGGAGCUCCUGGAUGUGCUCAAGGGCUGCACGCUGAAGUCUGGCAAUGAGAGCUUCACGGUGAAGAGGUGCUGUCCACCCAAAGCAGGAGGUACAGGAGGAGGGGGCAGCAUUCCAGACGACAGCACGAAGCAGAUCCUCAACCUGACCCAGCUCAGCUUCCACCAGAUCCGCAAAACAGAGAUCACUCAGAGAGCCCACCUGGGCCAAGGCACCCGCACCAACAUCUACGAUGGGGUCCUGAGCAUCAGCGGGGCCGCCGAGGCCGAGGCCGAGAGCUUCUGCAGGGAGCAGAACAACAACAGGCGGGAGAUGCACGUGGUGCUCAAGGUCCUGGACCCCAGCCACAGGGACAUCGCCCUGCCAUUCCCAGCCCUUCCCAGCUCCUCUGUCCCUCUGCCAUCACUGUCGGGUGUCUCCCUCUUCCCAGAUAUCAUGGUGGAGGAGUUCGUGGAACAUGGGCCUCUGGAUGUGCUGCUGAGGAAGGAGAGAGGCCGGGUCAGCGUGGGCUGGAAGAUCACCGUGGCCAAGCAGUUGGCCAGUGCCUUGAGCUACCUGGAGGACAAGAACCUGGUGCAUGGCAACGUGUGUGCCAAGAACAUCCUGCUGGCCAGGAAAGGGCUGGAAGAGGGAGCUGUGCCCUUUGUGAAGCUCAGCGAUCCCGGCCUCAGCUUCGCCGUGCUCUCCCGGGAAGAGCGCGUGGACCGGAUCCCCUGGAUCGCUCCGGAAUGCGUCUGGGAUGUGGGAAACCUCAGCACAGCAGCGGAUAAAUGGAGCUUUGGCACCACCUUGCUGGAAAUCUGCUUCGACGCCGACGUCCCGCUCAAGGAACGUGCCCCUUCCGAGAAAGAACGUUUCUAUGAGAAGAAGCAUCGUCUUCCUGAGCCUUCCUGCAGGGAAUUGGCCACCCUCAUCUGUCAGUGCCUGAACUACAGCCCUGGAGAGCGUCCAUCCUUCCGGACCAUCCUGCGGGAUCUCACCCAGCUCCAGCCCCACGCCCUUGUGGAUGUCACCGCGGUGAAUCCCGACUUCCCAGUGUCGGAUCCCACUGUUUUCCAGAAGCGUUACCUGAAGAAGAUCCGGGGGCUGGGGGAGGGGCACUUCGGGAGGGUGAGUCUCUGCUGCUACGACCCCACCAACGACGGCACAGGGGAGAUGGUGGCCGUGAAGUCGCUCAAGGCCGGCUGCAGCCAACAGCUCCUCUCCAGCUGGAGCAGGGAGAUCCAGAUCCUCAAGACCCUCUACCACGAGAACAUCGUCAAGUACAAGGGGUGCUGCAGCGACCAGG